AUGGGGAAACAAGAGCUACACCAGGAACGGCCUUCGAAACGCCCACACAUCCGACCGGUUGGAGAAGCCUUCCGUGACCGCGUUGGAGAUCAGUUGACCGACUGCAAUAGCCAAAUUGACGCCCGCCGACGACAUGCCGCUCAGAAGCACGGGUGCAAGUCCGGAAUAGGUAAUGGGCCUAAACGUGAGAUAGAAACCCACCCCGACGCCGAGGAUCAGCUUGCUUACCACGAAGGCCGCACAGGGCCAAACUCGGUCCGCGACCCAGCUGCAGAUAAAGCCGCCGAAGAACUGGCCCACCGAGUCCGUCACGUUGAAGGCAAGCGAAACACGGAAACGCCGAUCAUGGCGCCAUUGACUUGCGUGUCGAACCCCUCUGGAUCACAAAUUAGUCGCCCGACGAUGAGUGAUGGUGAAUAG